CAAGCUGUUGGUGGUUGCUGCACUAACGACACUUGCACUGCAUUGCCAACGAAUCUAACAUAAGCUUAGAAAAAGAGAGAGACAGAGAGCGAGAGAGCAAGCGAGUGUACAAUUGAGAGUUGAAAGAAGCAGAGAGCGUGUAAAGAACUCGCUGCGUAUACGUUAUAUCCUUUUUGUUGUUAUCUGUAAACGGUAUAUAACAAGCCAAAGCAACAAUUUGCAGCAAGUUGAGUUGAAUAGCGAAAUUUACAGCCGUUAAUCUAACAAGUUUUAAAGAAAAGAACGCACACACACACACACGUACAUCAUGGGAAAUGAGACUUCGCUGCCAAUGGACAUGUGCUCCAAUUUUGAUGCGGAUGAGAUACGCAGGCUGGGCAAAAGAUUUCGCAAACUAGACCUGGACAAUUCGGGGGCACUGAGUAUAGAUGAGUUUAUGUCGCUGCCUGAAUUGCAACAAAAUCCGCUGGUGCAGCGUGUCAUUGAUAUUUUCGAUGCGGAUGGCAAUGGUGAAGUUGACUUCAAAGAGUUCAUUCAGGGUGUCUCACAGUUUAGCGUGCGUGGCGAUAAGCUGUCAAAGCUGCGUUUUGCCUUUCGCAUCUAUGAUAUGGACAACGAUGGCUACAUAUCCAAUGGCGAGCUUUUUCAGGUGCUCAAAAUGAUGGUUGGCAACAAUCUGAAGGACACGCAGCUGCAACAGAUUGUCGAUAAGACAAUUUGCUUUGCCGACAAGGACGAGGAUGGCAAAAUCUCAUUUGAUGAGUUCUGCUCCGUUGUUGGCAAUACGGAUAUACAUAAGAAAAUGGUUGUUGAUGUUUAAUUAAGCGGCCAAUGCAUACUAGCACAUAGACAGAUACCUAAUAUUUAUACACACACACAUACACUCCAUACAUAUACAUACAAUCUUACAUAUACUAUACGAUAUGAAGCAAGAAAAUCCCAAUUGACUUAUGGUAUACGAUAUACUGUAGUUAAAGAGAAUUAAACAUUUUCGGUUUGUUGACAUGAAAAAAUUGAUGUACCUACUAUAAUAUGAACGCCACGCAUAUGUAAUUACUAAAGUGCGUGCUAAUGAGCGUAAGAACCACAACCGCAAGAAGAACAAGAAUAACAAACUACUAAAUGCAAGUAACUAAUUACUUAAAUUAACUAUAAAUGAUAAUGCAGACAAACUAAUUGUAUAAGUAAAUCAAUUUAUCUAUGGCCUAUCGAAGCCUGAAUACUCUUGUAAACUGUGAGAAACUAAACUUAACUCUAUGAAUAGUUAAUUAAACAUUGCAACUAUAAUGUAGACUUGUGCAAGGGUAUCACUAAGCCACUUACCUAUGAGAAUUCGAAUUUUAUAGCAAUGCCCCAAUGACGCAAAGACAUAAAUGUGUGAACCAACAGUCGGGUAAUUGGUAACGGAUUAUAUACAUAUAAAUAUA